GCGAGGCAGGAGAUCUUGUUUGCUUGCAAUCCAAACAUGGCGGAAUUGUUCAUUUGAGAAUUCGACGAAUUCCUUUCCAUUUUGUCGGAAAACCAGCGGAGCUCCGUGUUAGAAAGGAGCUGUAAUAAAUACUCUGUUUACAGAAGCAGAGUUUGCCGUGUAACUGGUGUUAUAUCGUGUUACUGAUGAUGGAUAAAUGUACUAAAAUGUUGUACCUUUGUUCUAUUGGAACAUAAGUGCUUGUCAGGAAUACAUACACGGCAGUAUGUAUUCUGAAUGGGUUUCAUUGAGUGAAGAAAUCAGGAAUGAUGAGAGUGGUAGGAGCGCCUUGUCGGUAUACCCGAGCUCGGUUGGCCGAGAUGUUGCCAGGGCGGUCGUCAGGAGCCUUGUGGAUAAUCCAAUUGAGAACAGUAAGGAAAGAUUCAAGUCUGGAGAAGAUAUAAAAUGGACCAUGCACGUGAUAUGCUUUGGCUUAGGACUGCCGCUCUCCGAGGGCGAGACAUUGAAAGGUUGCGUCACAAUAUACCUGGACUGGCUUAGCUCGUUGUCUUCGCAACCGAAGCAAGAAGUUCCUCAAGAAAUACUCAAAGAUCCCAAUAUGUACUGCCAAAGAAUUUUACAGCAUUUUAAAAACUUAUUUGUACCAAAAACUGAGGGAACACUUGCUCUACAAGCAUCGUUAUGCAUGAAAGUGUUACAAGGCGUGCAACGGAUUUCGCACGAAUGUAGGAAAAUGAAUGAAACGACGUUAAAAGUCAUGUUGCAAUUUUUGUUAUCAAUUUCAGACUUUUUACUAUCGCCGCCUUUUGUCCCAGGGGGGUUGACGGAACAACUUUGUAGGUUGUUAAUUGAGGUGUUGUUUGACGUUUGGCUGCAGGCUUGCGUCUGGGCGUUCCCAGAUCCGCCUCUGUGGAAUACAUUGAAAGAGAUGUGCUGUUCUUGGCGACACCAUACGGAUUUUGUUGCAUUGUGGAACAAAACAAUAUUCUCCAUCACCCGACGAGUUUUGCUGGUCGAAUACGGUAGUAGUUUCCCAUUGUACCCGCUAGAUGAUAAAAAACAUGAGAUACGAAUUCCAACGAGUCUCAAUAACAAAUGCUUAGUUCAAAGUUGGUUUAGAUUUCUACAUAUAAUGGGCAACCCUGUAGAUCUGUCGAAUAAGGAAGUUAUUGGCAACACUCCAAAGUUCAAGGAACAUGCGUUAGUGAAUACAAAUCAAUAUGAACCAUCCAAACACCCUUGUCUUAGCUCGAUGCCUCAGAAUUUUUAUGCUGCGAUGAAAGGGAUUGCCACAUUAGCGGAUACGUUUCUAGGGAAGAAAUGCUCGUGUGAAACGCCUGUGAUGUUUAGUCAUAUUUCUCCGGAUAAUUCGACAGUCUUCCCUUCAAAGCACGAAAACAAACAUCGAGUUCAAACUGCAGUUUCAACCGACCAGCUCGCUAACUUCACACGAGAAAUUGAUUGGAAACUCCCGGGGAGAUUUGAAAAUCAGUCCAGUUAUCUUUUUGACAAAGCAAUGGGCGCGAAGACGUCAAUGCCGAUGGAGAACAGUGUUCUACAUUUGCUCGGAACUUGGUUGUUUGAAGCAACGCUUGCGCAUGUUGACAUUAGAAGUGUCAAAAUGAAGCUUUGUAAGACAUGGCAGAAGUAUUUGACACAAGAUGGAGGAAGGUAGGGGAUAGGAUUAGGUACAGGGGUAGAUCUAUAGACAUGUUAAAAUUGAUGCAUAAACUUGUAUGCAUGCCUUUAGACAAUUAAGCUAUAAUAUACAGUGCACAUGGUUCUCAGCCGACGCCCAAUGAUUUUCAGUGUCUAUAGCCUAGACAAUUGCUGGUUAUUUCACAAACCAAAAUAAUUCCCUCCUUAUUGCCGAAAUGUUAAGGGUUCACAACAUAAAUUGUACACAAGGCAUAAAAAAAAUACCUGUGGUUCCGGUUCCCGACCAACCUUAUUUUUUUUCUGUUAUUUUUUCAGUGCAAUUGACCGUGUGACCCUAUUUUCUCUGGGUGUUUGCGGGCUGCUGCCAAAAUGAUGUCUGUUGUCACACUACUGUAAUUAUGAAAAAAAUAUUCAAAAAAAAAAUUAUUUCCGACCUACCGACGCUAAUUUUUUCGCGAUAUGAAACCGGAACCACAGGGUUUUUUUACGCCCAAUAGUCUUUGUUAACCCUUUGAGUUGCAUUGCGCCUAGCUACUUUAUUAUUUUACUCUGUCUAAUGCCAGAUGAUUUUACUCGUCAAGGGGAGAGUGCUGGCACUUAAUGGGUUAAAUAUUUGGAUGAAAUGACAAAACCUCCAAAACCUAACUCCCUAAAGUGGCUGGAAAUGUCAUUUCUGAGGGUUUAAAUUUCAGAAUCUUAACCAUGUAGAGAGACGUCCUUGGAUCUUGAAUUUAUAUAAAGAAUACUAAUGAGACAGCAUCUAUUGUAGUCAUGUUGAAUUACAGUGCGUCUACAGUAAGUGGGGCCACUUAGAGAACACUAACCAAUCACAUUGCAGAACAAAAAUUGAAAAAAUCAACAAACGGCUCAUUAGCCAAUCAGCAUUAGGCCAAAAACAAUUUGAACAAAUAAACGAAUGUCAAACGGUAAAAAUAGACUUGUAAAGUAAACACUGCAGUUAAUGGGUUCCUGAGUCUUUCUUUUGAUUGGACGAACUUUAGUUUGAUUAGAUUGUUCUUUUGUUCUGCAAUGCGAUUGGUUAGUGUUCUCUAAGUGGCCCCACUUACUGUAGACACACUGUAAUAAAACACUCCUAUGUGUGUUUUAAAUAGUGCGUAAAAUUUUCUGCAAGUAUAUUAGUCACUAAGCCAAUUAAUUUUUUGAGAUGAGAGCACAAAAGAAUAACAAUGCGACGAUCCUUAUGUUUUGUGUAAUCUUCAAAAUUGUGAGAUAACAAAUUGGCCAAAAUUUCUGGGAACCUAGUUUCCUAGUUCCACCACAUUUUUGCCCUGACCCUGUGUGCAUCAGGGCAUAUUGCCAGUUAAUGGGUUUUUAUUAUAAUGUUUUUUUAGUGUCGAGAAUGAUGACACUCAGGGUGCUGAAGAUGAAGGCUACAAUGAGUUUGAGCAAGGCCGAGCUGAAGCGUUUGGUGCACUUUGUCGAAUCUUCUGUAGUCAGAGAUCUGGCGUGGUUUUACCCGUCUAUCUAACAAGAUUUUAUUUCUCACUUGCCUCAGGCUUGAUCUAUGACAAGGUUUGAUGAAAAUAGUAUUCACAAUACUAACAAUCUCCAAGGCAUUUGUUGGAAGGUUAUACUUUAUAAAACUGGUACAAAACUAGCACCUCUGAUAUGCACAUAAACAUCUCACAACUUGUCAACAAGAUGUGUUCGCAACAGGCUUGUAGCAAGCUUGUCAACAAGUUCUAACAAUACUGUUAUUUUAUCAAGUUACUACAAGGUUGUCACUCGCAUCUUCAAUGCGUCCUUGCUUCAAAAAGUUACAAAUUAAAUCUCUCUCUUUUCUUAGUCUUGUUCGGGUUAUGUUUUGUCCAGCAUCCUACUCAACUCCACUGAUCUCUUGAGAGUGAAUUUACCUGGAGUGGAUGUCAUCAUUCCUCACCUGAUUGCAGCCUUGGAAAAAGUGCUUGGACAGAAUGAUAUCAAAAUGGGGUAGGUUGUCCCCAUGUACAAUAUUGCAGGGGUGAAUCUACGGUGACGUGAUUAAUCGAUAAACUGACAAAAAUCGAUGUUUUUUGAAAAACGAUUUAACCAAUGUUGCUUUUGAUGGAAAACCGAAAUACCGAAAAAAAUCGGUAUUUCAAUAAAAUCGGUAUUCAAAUGACGCUUUUGUGAUUAAACUAAAAGAGAGUUUAUCCUAUACUUCCAUAGGUCCAUUAAAAAAGAAUCAAGUAUCCUAAAAAAAUACUUGAAGUAAAAAGUAAAAGUACUAUUGCCUGUAGCGUGUAAAGGGGGGGGGGACUUCUCCAAUGGAUUGACAUACAAAAGACACAAAACAAUACACGCAUUAUACAGUAUGCGUGCACCUAAUAUACAAUAUUUCACAGCAUGGUCUACCCCGUUGAAGAUAUAAGAAAUACAUUAAAUAAAUAAUGCUUAUAAGUAAGCCACAAAUGAAAGAUCCCAGACGCAUGUAGAGGUUCUAUUACCUAUCCCAAAAUUAAAAUAAAUCAGAAAUAAAUCACGUAAAAUUAAACGAAAUUAGAAAGUAACGAAACACUUCGCCACAAAAUGAAAAUAACGAAGUAGAACGUUUCUUCUUAAAACGACUUCGUUCCAAGUAAAAGUACUCCAGAAAAAGAUUACUUUGUUACAUGCUCACUUCUCAAAUAUUGUACUCAAGUACAGUAACGAGGUACAUUUAAUUCGUUACUUGACACCACUGAAGUUUCGUCAGAAAACGUUGAGCUGGUGUAGGUAACAGAUUGUCUUUGUGAUUUCGUCUCUAAGGUGUGAUGUUCCAAUGGUUCAACUCCAGAGAGCUGGAAUUCAUCUUUUAUUGUCAAUGUUGUGUCUUCCGUAUCAUUUUGGAGAGUUAGCUAUUGCAGGUAUGACAAUCUACAGUACAUGAUUGGCAAGACUUUAUAGGAAGUAUCUUGACCAUCACGAGCGACAAGACUUUGUAGGAAGUAUCUCGAGCAACCUCUGCUAAUAUUCUGUUCCGUUUAGAUGUUUCAGACCAAAACGUGAAAAAGAAGUCGGACAAUUGUUCAAGUGUGACUUUUCAUUCGUUGACAUCAAGACUCGUCAAAUUGUUGAUUUGUGCGUUGGAAAAUGAAGUUGAUUCUCACAACACGCAGCUUUUACUUGGAGGUUUGUCAAUAGCCUGGCAUUAAGCUGGACUUUAAUUUGAGACGGGCAAAAGACGCUAGAAAUCUCAGACUUUUAAGAGGCAGUAGUACCAGUCAAGUCCAUUAACGAAUGUGCAGUUUGUUUGCAAUUUGAAGGCACUAUAUAGUUAAUAUCAAACAUCGUUCUGGAUUAAUAAUUAGCUGUGAUUACCCUCCACACACAACAGCAAAUGUUACCCCCAAAUUAGAUUCUUGCGCCCAAAACACAAGUCCUAUUUGGAAAAAUAUUCCCUUAAGGUGGUUCCCUACAGUUGUAAAGAAACAGCGGCGAAAAAUAAGGUCUUCACAAUGACGCAAAAUAUUUGCUAUUUAUGAGAAAUGUUGAUUUUUUUGGAAGUAGAAACGCUUGCGUAAUCUUGAUACUUCAAGCAUAAUCAUCAAAUGAAAUUUUUGCUGACGUGAUAAAAAUUCAACUCGACCAGAUCACGUCAUUUCGUUACCCGGUGCCAUGCUUAAACAACUGUAGGGAGCCACCUUAAGCCGGUUUCCCACUAGGCGGAAUUUCGCGGGCGGAGCGGAAUUUUUCUUUGUUUCUAAUUGGUUCCACCCGAGAAAUCGCAAGACAAAGAAAAAUUCCGCUCCGCGCGGAAAAUUCCGCCUAAAGAAAUAACCAAUGUCUCUAGUGACCAAAUCUAGUACAUAAACAGGAUGCGGAGGUACGCCAAUAUUACCGUCUGGUAUUUCAGCCAAGUACACGUCGGUACGCGGAAGUCUCGCUAACACUUUAUUGGAAGUUAAGUGGGUACAGUAUAUGUGUAAAUGCGACAUGUCUUGGCGUGAAACAUGACUGGACCGAUAAGAUGAGACUAAGGAAUGUUAGAGUGUUUAUGUUAGCAGCUUUUCUUGUUAUAUCUUACGUUACUGAAGGAAAACUCUCCUUUAUGUAUUUUGUCUUAGAGUGUACCUAACCUCAAUUCUUCAAACAUCUCAUUCCUAAGAACCUUUGAAAUGAUAUUGUAACUUAUUUUGAAGAUUUUCGUUUGCACACUUUGUCUCUGAGUUAUUUCAGUUUUAUUGAUAUGCAAAUGUCCGGAAUUUACGUCACAUAUGAAUAAUGACUGAUCAAAGAAUGUAAGGUACAGUCAAAUAUCAUGAAAUAGAAAGGCCAAAUGGUGUUUUACAUAGGUAUGUAAUCCCCCCACAACUCCAAACUUCACUGUUUUAAUGAAUCAAACUCGAUAGUGAAUACGAUAUACAAGCUUUUACUUUAAAUCAUUAUGCAUUUGUGACGUAACUUCCGGAUAUUUGCAUACCAAACAAACUGAAAUAUCUCAAAAUAAGUUCUUUGUAGCACCAGGAAAGUAAUAAGCUAAUGGAAGAAUAGGGUUUUGUUUAGUAUGUAUCUCUGGCGUGCCCUAUCUGAGUGAACAUAACGCUAUGCAAUGACAGUAUUCAGCCCUUGCAAGUGACGCCACAAUACAUAAUGUUAAAGCUAAAUAAAAAGGUUUACAUGCAGCAUCCAUUUGCCGUCAAAAUUUCACAAAUUUGCUUCGAUGGAGCACCAGUUUAUCGCUCAUAUUUAUCUUGAUUAAUACGAAUUCAGAAAGGCAAUUUUUGUUUCAAAUUCACACAGUCGUUUCCUUUGCUGUCCGUACACCAAAAACCGCAUGAUUUUUUAGCAUGACAUCAUACUCCCGCAUGACAGCAAGACCUGAAUAUAGGUGUGACUAUGGACAAAUUUUGCUGACGUUGUUUACAUUGUUGCGACAUAAUAGACCUUAUGCAUAAUGACUCACAUGCCUGGGUACUAUUGUUCGAGAAGAAAUUUUUGUUUUCGGAAGCAUAGAAUAGAAUAAAAAUAACAAAGUAUUAGAGUUAUGUAUAAGAGUUAUUCAUUCAUGUAGGUAAUUCUAAAGCUUAGUUACCUUUGUUCUAUUCUAAGGGCGCUUCUCACACACUGCUGGGAGCGGAGCUGCUGCAGCCGUCCGCCGCAAGCUUGACUUUUAUUUACACAAUAACAGCUAACACAGCUAAUCAUACAUAGCUCUGCAACAUAAUUACGUUAUUUACAUAAAAAUUACUGAGGAGUUACAAAUACUAAUAAGUUAUAUAAACGUCCACUGCAUCUGACUAUAAUUAACGGGCGGGCGGGUGGGGAUUUAUGUCAAGCGUUGCGGAAGCAACAACAACAUGUGCUGUCUUAACCUGCACCACCCGAACACACCCGAUUCACAAUCGGGCUCCCAGCCUUGUGUGAGAAAACAUUUUCUGCUUCUUUCGUACCUCAGCCAGCAGAAAAUAACACUUUCCAUUUAUUGACCUGACCAGUCAGACCCAAAUUUUUGUCUCCGUAUCAAUGGAAGGAUCUGGUCCAUGAUUCUCAAAUAUCUGGCGAAAAUGGACCUCAUUCUAAUUCUAUCUAAAUUUUCCGGUCAGAUAGGUCAGAAGCCGUUUUUUGUUCCAUUCAACAAUUUGACCGGUCUGGCCGUGUUAAUGGAAAGCGCCGUAUGCUUCUGUGAGUGAUCUAAAGUUGAGUUUCUAUUAUUUGCAGGUGUAAUGUUAUUUGUCCAAGACAGUGCUUUGGUUGAGGAAGAAAGAGAUACAAUCCCGAAAUCACCCGGACCUCAGCAACCACACGAAACAUUCACGCUGGAAGUUCAGGACAGCAAUGCGUCAGGGGGGAGAGGGAAUCCCUCGAGUACAGAGGGAAGGUCGGCGGAGGAAAUUGAUCCGAGUCAAAAUGAGGUUGCGGAUUCAAUGAAGAACGAUUGUGCAGAUAAUCAACACUGCUUAAGUAAGCUUCCCUUUCCAUCUUCCGUGUUCUUGUUUAUCUACUGCACGCCCACAAAUCUCACAGCUUGUCAAGAAGAUGUGUUCGUUCGCACUGCUUGUUCCCAGUUGUUGACAAGUCUGGAACAAGUUGUUAUCAUCUUGUAACAAGGUUGAUGAGGCCAACAGACUCGCAACAAGUUGUUCCAACAAGUCUGAUAUCAUCUGCACGUAACAAGUUGUUCACAAGUUGACGACAACAAGCUCGUAGCAACUUGUUACGAACAGCCUGUAUUGUUCCAAUUCAUGUUUUAAAAGAUACAAAAUUUUCAUUCAGGUUGGUCAUCCGCGAGUUCUCUCUUCACACAUCUCACAAAUCUUGUUAACCAGAAGUUGAUCUUCGGUAGCAAGUGGAAAACAGAUUUCCACGUGACACUCUCGGCGCUUGAACUCAUGUCAGCCAUGGCGGAGAUGAAUAUUAGGAACAUCAGUAAGUGGAAGAUGUUCCUUUUUUCAGAAAGCGGUAUCAAUUUCCCGUGUGUAAUACAAAAUGACUGAAAAACGGCAAACUUCGCAGGGCUAUAUUAUCCGCAUUUUACAACAUUUCGCAACGAAACUUCGGAAUGUUACUAAUUUUGUGAUGCUCUUUCAAGCUGUGGUGAAAUGUUUGUCUAGCCUUGUCUAGAUCAAAAUUUUGUUCAUUAGGGAAUAGGUCCAUUGUUGAAGGGUCUCACUAGUUUACCUUAGAAAGUUCUUGAUUGCUGUAUCAGUUCUAAACUGUUCUUCGUGCAUGUAAAUUAAAAGGAAUUUCUUCUAAACUAUGUUAAAUGAUUGUGUAGACAAGCAAGAAUGUCAGAAGACUAUCAAGUGGUUGUGUGACUAUGUUGAAUACCAAGCCAAGCAGCCAGCUCCGUUUCAUUUGCGAAAUCUUCAUUCAAUGAUGGUUGCUGCAUUCAACUGUUUAUUGACUUGGAUUGCAUCACAUCCUUGGCUGUUGGAUGAUCAGGUGUUUAUUUAUGCAUGACAUCAUGUGUUACGACGUCAUGUCGUAUUACAUCAUGUUGUAUGACGUCAUUAUGUUCUGAUAACAUCAUGUUGUAUUACGUCAUGUUGUUUUAUGACGUGAUUUUCUUACACGUCAUCAUUAUACAUGAUGACGUCAUUAUGCACACAUAACGUCAAUCUAUAUGUAUGACGUCAUCAUAUACAGAUGACGUCAUUAUUCCUGCAUGACGUCAUUCUGUGUGUACGACGUUAUUCAUAUGUUAAGACGUCAUACUUUCAUGACGCCAUCAUAUAUGUAUUACAUUGUAUAACAAUGGCAUGAUUGUCAAUGACGCACAUACAUGUAUGACGUCAUCAUUAUAUAUGUAUGACGUCAUUAUAUAUGUAUGGCAUCAUUAUGUAACAUGGCAUCAUUGCAGUAUAGUUUCCACAAGUAGAAAUAGAUCCGAGGUAAUUAUUUCCUUUAGAAAAGUGUCCAAGCUAUACUCGAGGUGGUUGAAUUAGGAAUCUCUGGCACGAAGUCAAAAGUAAGUCUGGCCAUCCUACCUAUUAUCAAGGAUAGAUCAUGUCGAUACGAUCAAAUGUGCUUUACAUCAAGUAGUACGCUUAUCUAAUUACAUACUUAGCCUAGACUAUUUUAUCUUCACAACAAUUGUGAUAUUACUUUCUUAACUAUGUUGAUCCUAACCCACCCUGUCAACUUUCCCUGUGGGAGGAAACCAGAGCAAACCCACGACUUUCGGCAGAGCGUUGACUCACUCUUUUCACAUGAGUCCGCAGUCUAAGUGGAACCCAACAAUAUGUAUGCUUAUGAGCGCACGCUCAUAGACACACGAAAAUCAUGCAGUGUGCCCGUAAGCAUGCUUAUGAGCAUAUUACAACAGGGUUUUGGUAAAUAUAUUGGCGUGCUCAUUAGCAUACAAAAAUCCAGUAUAUGCUCAUGAGCACACUCAUAAAAGCGGGAUCAUACAAACAGCCCCUUGUUCAGCAAAUUGUGCAUGCUGCCUUUGAUCCCUUGGGGGUGAGGCAGCACUUUCCUUGCGAUAGUAACUCCUAGUAUUAUAUACACGACAAACAUGCAGGGCCACGAUCUCAGAGGCGAAUGGCACUUGCUCUGACUAGUGCGCCACUGAAUCCCCGUAUCCGUGGUAUUCUACGUUGUUUGAUCAUUUCUUGUUUGUCAUGUUAGGCCAGCGAGCAUCCUGAAGAAGAGAUGAAAAGUCGGCCUAAAGGGGAGAAAUCACUAAAGCCUGCUUCAUUUCGUGUACAAGAUGCAGCUGAAGGAGUACUGAGUUAUAUCAUGGAACAUGUCGGUGCUUUUCCCUCUCCAUGUGGUCCUGCAUCGUCUUCUUCUCUUCUUGAUGAAGAUAUCUUGAUGGAAUUCUUGGCUGAAGACGAUCAGGUAGUAUUAGGGGUAGAGCCAGCCCGGGUACCCGAGCUACCUUGCUCUGCUGAGCUGAUUUUAUACCGUGUUCAGAUGAGACUUUUGAGGCGGGCUGGCUCGCCAAAACAAACCACUGGUCUCACCACUAUAUCUAUUGUAUAAUAUAAAUAUAUUUUCUAACAAACCUGAAAUUCGCACUGUUUUGCUAGCAACUGUCACGGUUAUAACCCACAGAAUCGUUCACAGAGACCUUUUAGGUUUGAAGUCUGACGACGAAAUCUUAUUUACAACAAUAUAUUCUUGUGAACACAGCAAUAACACUCAGCCAGCUUAGGCGAGCCAACCUGGGUUAUUGCGUUUCUAUGGGAAAUUCCCAGCCUGGUCGCCGUAGAUCUCAGGUCAGUGAAGGCGGGAUCUCGCUUAGGCUGGCCAGCUCGGUUCCCAUAUGAACGCAAAUAAUAACAAAGGAGGGAUCUCGCCUAAACCAGGCCAGCUCGGGUACCCGGGCUGGCUCGCCCUAUAUAAACAACCCCUUAGAUAUAAUAUUAAGAUAGCAAACCUCGAUAGUGGUUAAAACUGUGUUAUUAUUUUUCUCUAUAGAAUAAACGUUUUAAGUAUUUCGUGAUUGAUGACAGUAUUAUUCUUGGAAUACUUCAAGAGUCUGUACAAACUCAUGAUGGUUAGUGUCUGAAAAUGCUGUUACAGUGAUAAUUACCGUGCUUUGUCUCUGAGCUACCCAAAAAAGACUAAAGACACUUCGACGUUUCUGGCGAAAGCCCUACGUCGGCUUAGACACAAACCGCGGGUAGCCCUGAGCAACUUGUUGCAUAAUACUGCCUGCACUGGAAUACGCACACUUUCAUUAUUGUCAUAAUUCGACACUUUUUUAUCCUCUUUCCAGGACUGUCUCCCACUGCAACCAUCUUGUUGCGUGGUCCUACGGGCAGAACGUCAUGGACGGUAGAGUUGAGACAAAUUCCUGAGUGUAAAAAGGUCUGUAGUAGUCUUAAACAUAGCAGGAAAUAAUAUAUAUAUAUAUAUAUUUAUAAAUUUGUAUUAUACGCGCGCGUGAAAAAGUUUUGAGCCGAAAGUGGUUAUUUUUAUCGCGCGUAUUUCAAAUAUUUAUUAUAUAGUAGAGAGUGAGAUACUGAGAAAUACUCAGUGAGAUAUUUUCCAUAUCUUCACUAGUGAAGAUAUCGAUCACGUGACUUUUAGUAUUUAUACAAUUUUUUGCUUGGGACUAUAUAAUAAACAGAACAUUACACGGUGGCUUGAAGAUAUGACUUUUAUCUUCUCGUAUUAAAAACAAUAUUUUUUAUCUUCUCGUGUUAAAAACAAUUAAUGUUUUCCCCACUCGAAGAUAAAAAAUCAUAUUUUCGCGUCGCCGUGUAUAAAUAUCCUCUAUAUACAAAAUUUGCGAACGUCACAGGGCUAUAUUUUCCUCAUUUUACAACAUUUCGCAACCAAACUUUGCAAUUUCACUAAUUUUAACAUGCUCUUUCUAGCUGUGGUGAUGGAUUUUGUUCUUCUUGCCUAGAUCAAAAUUUAGUCUAUAGCUGGAACUGCCUAUUGCUAUUGACCAAGUGUUGUGUUUUUGCAGGAGAUUUUAGGUGUAUCUCAAAGUGAAGCGCCCAGACGACCUGAGCCUAAUCUCGAAAUUCCUGUACCACCGCAGUGCAGUCGACAACAUUUUCCAGCUGACAUAGAAACGGUUGUCUUAACUAAAGCGUGAGUAUAUACUUCAAUUUCUGACGUCAAGAUGGUUCAUGUGCGACCUACCCCAAAUAUAAUUUUUGAUAUUUGUCGUAUUUGGAUCAUUCUAAGAAGAAAUGUAAUGCAUCUUUAUAGUAAAAAACCUCAUCUUGAUCAACUUUUUCACUGUCAAAGUUUCCAGAUAUGAUGUCAUGCAUUAGGUGAAUUUUUGGUACAUAAACUAAUUUGCAAUUCACCUAAUGACAUCAUAUCCGGAAACUUUAACAGUGAAAAAGUUGAUCAAGUUGGGGGUUUUAUAACUUUUAUUAUAAAGAUGUAUUACAUUUCUUUUUCGAAUGACUCAACUAUUACACAUACCAAAAAUCAUAUUUGUGGUUAGUCACACUUUAAGAAUACCUGGUUCGCGAAACGGAUGUCGGCAAUCAGAAAAUAUAAUGUUAGUUCUUUUCAUUUUUCUUCACAGAAACUCAAGUAUCCCAGCUGUAGAUAACAUUCCAUGUGAAAGAUUGUCACAAGAAAAAGACCCCAUUCAAAGUUUGAUUGACAAACAGGUUAGCAGUGUGUAGGGUCCGCCCCUCAUGUCAUAAAGACUGCAGUAGUUUUCGCUACUAAUCAGUUUUCGUUUUCAUUUUAGAGAGAAGAAGAAACUGACGCUCAAGGAAUGAUUGAAAUUGAAAGAGAAAAUUCAACGUUUCCUUGUCCACUUACAGAAAUGAAACCACCCAAGUACGACACUAUAUGUAUAAUCAUUUUUUUAAUGAUUAUGACUAUUAACUCACUCCCCAUCGGGGAUCUUCAGUGAUCGAUUACAUCAAGUAUUACGCUUACUUAUAUGGCCUAUACUAAGCUUAGAGCCUUAGACUAUUUAUUCCUACAACAAUUGUGAUAUUACUUCCUUAACUGUGUAUAUCCUAACCCACCCUGUCAACUUUCCCUGUGGGAGGAAACCAGAGCACUCGGAGAAAACCCACGACUUUCGACAGAGCGUUGACUGAGCCCACAAUGAUGGAUGAAAAUUAUUUCACCCGAGUACAUUUACACCAUAAUCAUUGCAAACUUGGCCCUCACUGCGACGCAAGAACCAGUGUAAGCACAAAAGGAACCGAACGUAUUCAUUUCUUAUGUACUGUCCUCCUAACGACGCAACUUAAGUAUAAACAUAAACAUAAACAUAGAGUAAGAUAUCAAAACGUUGCAUUCUUUUCCUUGUGCGUAUGUUUUCACUUAUGUUUAUGCUUGAGCUUUAUCUUGUGUUGUACUGAGGACAUCAAAGCGUUCCGCUUGUUUAUCAUUGCGCUUAUUCUUGCGUUGUAGUGAGAGCACGGCUUCAGAUACGAGUUCUACAAAGCAUGCCAGAUUUACUCACCCAUUGAUUGCUUAUUAAUACUUCGUCUGAUAUAGUUUUAUGAUCGUUUUAUGAUCUGCCUGACAAAUGAUGCUUCUUGACAGAUUCUCGUUCCUACUUUAAAUCGUGCUAUUGUCAACAAAUGUUAUGUAGGACACGUUUUAGACAUAUUUUCCCUUGCCUUUCAGGUCAGUGAGUGAGUUCAGUGCGUGUCGUAUGAUCCUAGCUCGCCUUGGUCUCCUCAGACCAGAUGAAUUUGAGAAAGUUCGUUCAAUGGACACUAGUACCGUAACCUCUCUAUCUUCGCUCAAUUCCUCCGAGGACACAUUCUAUGAAUCAGUGCGAGAGUUAGAUCGCUUGCCUACCAGAUGUUUUGAUACAGUGUUUGUACUUUACGUGAAGCGUGGCCAACAUGAGGCAAAACCCAUACUUGCUAAUGAGGUUUGUCAAAAAUAAUGUUGGGAAUUUGUUGUGAGGAUAAAAUAUUUUUUAAAACAUGUUGGUGUUGCUAUUAUUGUUAAUGUGGUUAUCGUUGUGUUUGGGCCUGUUGUUGUUGUUGUUGUUGUUGUUGUUGUUGUUGUUGUUGUUGUUGUUGUUGUUGUUGUUGCUGCUGCUGCUGCUGUUGUUGUUGUUGUUGUUGUUGUUGUUGUUGUUGUUGUUGUUGUUGUUGUUGUCGUUGUCGUUGUUUAUUAUAAUAAUGAUGAUGCUGUUGUACUGUACACACUAGUCCCAUCAUUUACUUUUCAAUAGACAUUUUACAUUUGUAAAUAUGUCAUUUUCUUGUGAAACAUUGCUAUUUUAAUCUAUUUAGAUCAAACAUUGCGAGUACAAGGAUAUGUUCUAUGAGUUCCUGCAAUCCUUGGGUUGGCCAGUAGAUGUGCAAGAACACCCUGGCUGGACUGGUAAUCCCACAUCGAGCUGGAAGCUCAGUUACUUGAAGAAUCAACCUUUACACGAGAACCAGACAAGCCUCUCUACAAUAUCAUCUCAUAGUUCUGAGAGUGAGGUGUCGUUAACCUCUGUACACGAGGAACGCAUGACGUCAGGCAGUCAAGAUGGAUCACGUGACACUGGUAUGACUCGAUAAAAACGUCAGCUUUGCUUCCAUUGAAAAUCUGGCAAAAGCUCGUUCUACACCAGAAGCUCGCGAUACGUCUAUUAACAAUGUGCACCCAUUCGUUUAUCUCUUUUCGACAUGUUGCAUGCACAAAAUGAUAAUCUGUUUUGGAUCGAAACCGGACCGACAAUAUUAAUACAAUAAACAUUUCGGGACCGGCUUUUAGGACCGAAUUCAUAAAUGUUAGAAGUGUCCCCCCCUUCCCCCUGCUAAUGUGCGCCCCUCCUGGACCUGAUCAGGUUUCUUUGUGAUUACUUUGUUAGAUUCUAAAGAUGGCGCCGUAGUUGAAGACUGUCGUAUCAUGUACUACGCAGACACGUGCACGGAGAUUGCUUUCAUAGUGCCCUCACUGUUCGCACGCGUCGGGACAAAGCGUAGGAAAUCUCGUCAGAUAACUCCCAGAACAAAGAGAAAAGAAUUCGCAAUGAAGCGGCCUCAAAGUAUCUCAAAUCUCUCGAGUACCAGCAGUUCGUCCAGUCUGGUCGAUUCCUUACCCGAGACGCGAGGCCUCAGCUUUGGUCGGAAUACAGCGGACACAGGUAUUGACCUACGACAUCUAUCCAAGCUGAACACGCACUCCACAUCCUCCGAGAUCAAUAUUCUUGUGAUUUGGCUCGAGAGGUUCCUCGAUCACGAGUUGUUUCCCGAUAUGGAAAUUUUGAAUGAGUUAGGAAUCAAUAAAGAAUCAACAAUGGUGGCAAGUCCCAGUGGCAAACCAGUGGUGAGGGAAACGGCAAUGAUCUUCAUUGCACCGCUACACAACGGCUUGUUUCGUAUUCACACGAAAUGUACUAUCAAGUAAGUGCAACUACGGUGGUUUAUAUAGAAAGGCCUGGUUUACACUAUCAAAGUUUCUGUGAUCACAGUAGGAAUUUUGCAAAGGUAAAUUCUAAGUUUUGAAGGAUUUGUAAGAAAUGUUUGAGCAAACUGAUUCAGUGUUAAACAACGAGCCAGUUUCCUCAAACAUUUCUUACAAAUCCUUCAAAACUUAGAAUUUACCCAUGCAAAAUUCCUACCGUGAUCACAGAAACUUUGAUAAUGUGAUCCAGCCUUUAACGACAGUGAAACACGCAAUUCGAUUGAUCAACACCCGUGCAGGAUCAGACAAUUGGGAUGCCUUCGCGGGGGCUUUUUAAAAUGUCGGACAAUGAAACCAGUUUAACAUGUGAAGUUAACAGUUUAUUAAACGAGAGGCAAGUUAACAAAAACGUUAAUAAAGUUAACUUGGGAUGCUGCUCGACUUCAGAAAGCGUAAAAAAACACUCACUUUCCGAACGUCUCGCAACAUCUCGCGUGCAUAGAUGACGCUAUCCUGCACGGAAAACCAUUUGGUAUUCCUUUAAUCACUAUGGCGGUCAGCCUGCAGUUGUCAAAGAGAGAAAAUAGUGUGAUCUUUUUCAUCGCUUGUUCCAGGUCUCCAAUGGCUGGUCCUUUGGUGGACGGAAUGGUAGUGAGCCAGCGAUCGUUGGGUGCAAUGGUUAGACAUACUGCUGUCAAUAUUGGGCGCAGGCGCCGUCUUGACAUCGACCAGUAAGUGAAUGAAGCUAACAAACCGUUCCAUCAAAUCUUUAAACUAUUAAUUUUAAAUUCUUCUUCUUAGAGUUCCAGUAAGUAUCAUCUCUUAUUGGUUCAUUGUUAUUACAAGAGGCAAACCUAAACUAAAACUAACUUUAUUUAUAAUGGAUAGCUCUAUCAGUUCUAAACUGUUCUUCCUAGAGGUCCAGUAAGGAUCAUCUCUAAUUGAUCCAGUGUUACUACAGGAGGAAACCUAAACUAAACUAACUUUACUUAUACUGGAUAGCUCUAUCUGUUCUGAACUGUUCUUCCUAGAGGUCCAGUAAGGAUCAUCUCUAAUUGAUCGAGUGUUACUACAGGAGGAAACGUAAAUUAAACUAACUUAAUUUAUACUGGAUAGCUCUAUCAGUUCUAAACUGCUCUUCCUAGAGGUCCAGUAAGGAUCAUCUCUUAUUGAUCCAGUGUUACUACAGGAGGAAACCUAAACUAAACUAACUUUAUUUUUCCUUGUAGUUACUCUCCACCACAUGUCUACCGAAAGUUGAAAAUCCAAGAUAUUAUUCGCAAAUGUCGCCGUAAAAUGACCUUUCCUGAAUUUUAUGCUUCGCUAUUUGCCGAGUGAGCCAUCGCGCACUUGAUACAAUGACAGAUAUCCACAUACUAAUGUUUCUUCGUUGAAAAUAUCCAGGAAUUCGUUCUACAAUUGAGAUUUCAAAAUAUCGACUGCUGGUGAAUACCAGGACAACUGGAGGUUACAACAGUCUUCAGUGGAUAUCUCUAUAUAUUACACAACAACAUCACCAAUAUUAAACAGUGAUAAUAUACAGUAAUUUAUUCUAAUUGCAAAUCAUAUAUAUUACGAAAGGAAAUCAUGACAACGGCUGAGAAUGGAUGGGAUGGGAGCCCAAAAUGGCUGAUCAUAUAUUUCCAAUCAAAUCACCCCAUUCCAUUCUCUGUAGUUAAAGUUCAAAAAUUGUGAAGUACAUAUUUAAAAUCUUUUACUGAUAAAGCUGUCAAUUUAAUGUCGAUUUAGAUAUUAAAAUUAUUAGAAUAUAAAUAACCAAGAUUAAUUUUGAAAAAAAAUGUGAA